AUGCCCACCUGGCUCGUUCACGGUUUUCGAUGGCCGCGCGCACAGAUUCGCAUUCACAUUAUUCUGCAGAACCUCGACGAUGCCGCUCCAGAAUGGCUCAUGGCCCCCGCUACUACGGCCUGUAUGAUGCAAAACUUCAAGGAGCAAUGGCCAGAACAGAUAGCCCAGCUGCCUGAUCUACGCUUCAUCGAGCAAUACGAUCCCGAAGAUCUCACCGUCAAGGAUCAGCCGUACGCAUAUGUGUGCGAUAUUGUGCACGAGAUCAAGCUGGGCGUAGACGUGGAAGAGAUGAGGGGGGCUGGGCUGGGAGAUGACCAGUGGGCAGCCAUUGCAGAAUUGCGAGACAAGGUUGCACCAGGAGAAAAAUUAGGUUGGUUCGUAGUGGUCAACGGAGAUGUCGAGAGGUGGGCACCGCCACUGGAGGAAGACGACGAUAUAACCCCAGACGCCAGCGCCGUCAGUGCGUCAAGUCACAGGAGUAGCAUGGCACAAUCCGACACCGCACGCACCAAAGAACCGGAGCGGCCGUCCUCGAGUAGGAGUUUCAAGAAGUGGUUCGGAGGGAAGUUGAGGAAAACGAAGAGCGGAAGGAAUUUGAGAGGUGAUACCACGCCAGAAGAGCCAGUUCCUCCAUUGCCACCAAUCUCACCCCGAUAUGCUCUUCAAUCUUCGCACGGGAAGGCAUCUGCGCAGAACGAAGAUACUGGUGCAUCGCGUUUAGGUCAAUUGUUCCAAAAGCCUGCGCAGCUUGCGGCGCGCUCCAGCCCGAGGCUACGACCAAUACCUUCCGUCGUCAACCCCGGAACUACCGCCAAGAUGAGUCGACGCGACUUUCUCUCCAUGCCUGCGCCCGAGAACUAUGUGGCUGGUCUCGGUAGAGGAGCUACGGGCUUUACAACCCGAAGCGAUCUGGGUCCCGCCCGUGAGGGUCCAUCCGAGGAGCAGAUGAAAGAGAUGCUAGCAAAGCGCGCAGCUUCGCUAGGUCAGGCAGCCCCCUCGGCCUACGGUGUCACUGAAAAGAAGGAGGAAGAGAGGGACGAAGAGGAGGACCGGUUUCAAGAUCCCGAUAAUGAAGUUGGCCUUUUCUCAAGCGGCAUGAACUACGACAAGGACGAUGACGAGGCAGACCGCAUAUACCAAGAAGUCGACGAGAAGAUGGACAAGCGCCGUAGAGCAAGAAGGGAAGCUCGCGAGCAACAAGAACGAGACGAGUACGAACGAAACAACCCCAAGAUCCAGCUCCAGUUUGCCGAUCUGAAGCGAGCCCUCGGCGGCGUCUCUGAGGAAGAAUGGGCAGCGCUGCCUGAGGUUGGAGAUAUGACCGGCAAAGCCAAGCGCGCUCGUGAAGCUCGACUGGCGAAUUCGAGGUCAUACGCCGUUCCGGAUAGUGUUUUGGCCGCAGCAUCCAAGAGUGGCGAGCUCGAUACCACGAUAUCGUCAGGCGACGCAGACGGCAUGACAACGAACCUUGCCAGUAUUGGAGCUGCGCAGCUAUCUGCCUUGACGGUACGACUGGACUCAGCAGCAAGUGCGCCUGGCACGCAAACCACAACAACUUCUGGUACCUCGACGUCCGUGGACCCCAAGGGAUACAUGACUGCGUUGAGCAAAAAGGAAGCUAUGGGCGAGGAAGUUCCAGUUGAGGACAUCAACCGCGCGCGUGUGCUGUUAGAAUCGGCCGUCAAAACCAACGUCCACAACGGCCCCGGAUACGUUGCGCUAGCCCGACUUGAAGAGGUUGCUGGAAAGAUUCACACGGCCAAAAAGGUCAUUGCACGUGGAUGCGAACUAUGUCCUCGGUCUGUAGUCGUCUGGGAGGAAGCGAUCAGGCUGAACCGCGACAACAUUCACAAUGCGAAGAUCAUUGCCGCCAAUGGUAUCAAGCAGAACACAAAGGCGGUAAAACUAUGGCAAGCUGCCAUCGAUCUGGAACAAACACCAGCGUCUAGGAAAAAGGUUACACGUCAGGCUCUAGACCACAACCCCCAGAGUGUUGAGUUGUGGAAGACCCUGAUCAACGACACGGAAGAGUUGGACGCUGUCCGCUUACUGUUCGCCAAAGCUACAGAAACUGUUCCUCUCUCAGAGGAGUUGUGGAUCUCAUUCGCCAGAGUUUCAAAACCAGAAGACGCGCAGCAGAUCCUCAACAAGGCUCGCAAAGCCAUCCCCACCAGUUGGGCGAUUUGGAUUCAUGCUUGCAGACUGCAAGAAGAGCUGGGCAAGGUUGACAUGUUGGACAUGAUCAUGACUAGAGCAGUCAAGUCCCUGAUCAAGGAGAACGCUAUGAUCAAACGCGAAGAGUGGAUCACUCAAGCUGAGAUUUGUGAGGAGCAAGGCGACACUGGCACAGCUGCUGCGAUCAUCAAGGCGACUGUGGGCUGGGGUCUUGACGAAGAUGACGAGCGUCGGGACGUUUGGCUAGAAGAUGCCAGGAGUGUGUUGAACAGAAACAAGCCGGAAACAGCUAGGGCAAUCCUCGGAUUUGCUGUCGCCGUCUUCCCGUAUAGUACAACAGUCUGGCACGCGUCCACUGACCUCGAAAAGCAUCACGGUACAACAGACACCCUACUAAGUGUUCUGGAGCGUGCCGUGAACGCCUGCCCAAACUCGGAGUCCUUGUGGCUUCAAUACGCUCGAGAAAUGUGGCAGUCAGGGAACCCUGAAGGUGCUCGCCAGGUCCUGGGAAGAAGUUUCGAGGCUCUGCCAGGCAACGAAAUGCUGUACACCCGCGCUGUUGAUUUUGAAGUUGACGCCGGCAACUACGAGCAGGCCCGUAGCUUCCUCCAGGUAGCACGUGAAUCAGCUGCCACCGACCGCAUCUACAUGAAGUCGGCCGUGCUAGAACGACAACUGGAUAACUAUGAGACAGCGAUCGACAUCUGUAACCAGGGUCUGCAGAACUGGCCCGGCAGCUGGAAGUUACAUGCUAUCAAAGGCCAAGUCUACGAGCAGCUUUCAAAGCUGCCAGAAGCUCAUGAGGCAUUCAACAUCGGUACACGCGCGGCACCGAAAGCUCCAGUCCUGUAUAUUCUUCUUUCACGACUCCAGGUGAAGCAAGGAGCAAUUGUAAAGGCUAGGUCCACCCUGGACCGUGGUCGACAGCAGAACCCCAAGAGCGAAGAGAUCCUUCUGGAGCAAGUCCGUCUCGAGCGCCGCCAGAACAACACGAACGCUGCCCAACAGCUGAUGGCCGGCGCUCUACAGCAAUGUCCCAACUCAGGGCUUUUGUGGGCAGAGAAGAUCAUGCAUCUCGAGGGCCGCACACAACGUAAACCGCGUGCACUCGAAGCCAUCAAGAAGGUGGAAAAGGACCCUCUACUAUUCGUCGUCGUCGCACGGAUCUUCUGGUCGGAGCGACGUCUCGACAAAGCCGCGACGUGGUUCGUCAAGGCUGUCACCCUUGACAGCGAUUACGGUGAUGCUUGGGUGUGGUACUACAAGUUCCUCGAACAGCAUGGCACUGAGGAGAAGAAGGAGGAUACGCUUUCAAAGGCUGCCAUGGCUGAGCCCAAGCAUGGUGAAAUAUGGCAGUCUGUCGCCAAGGAUCCUAAGAAUGCGAGGAAGAGUGUAGAGGAGAUUUUGAAGAUUGCUGCGGCGAAGGCGGAGUAG